UUGGAAAAAUUAAGAAAAAAGUGUAUAUUGUCAUGAGAAGAUAAAAGAUAAGAUCGAUGUUAUACAAAUUGAUAAAUCCGAAAAUGGAGGUUGCGGCAGAUAUGAUUUCAAAUGGCGAAUCAUUGUCUUUGACGAAAGAAAAAGUGAAUGAUGGUAGCAGCACCGCGUGCGUCGUCAUUCUCAACAAAGAAAAUAGCACCCUCUACACGGCCAACAUCGGCGACAGCGGCGUCAUGGUGGUGCGCCGCGGCAAAGUCAUCCACAAAUCGGAGGAGCAGCAGCAUUACUUCAACACUCCCUUCCAGCUGUCGCUGCCGCCUCCCGGCUACCAGCAAGAGGUGCUCAGCGAUCAACCCGACUCUGCCAUCACCGACAACUUCCCCGUCGAAGACGGGGACGUCAUCCUCGUAGCCACUGAUGGCGUGUUCGAUAACCUUCCGCAAUCCCUCAUCCUCAACGAACUUGUAAAGGUACAAGGUGAAAGGUGCGCAACCCGUUUGCAAAUGGUGGCCAAUUCUAUAGCUUGGAUGGCGAGAAAUCUCUCUUUUGAUGAGACUUUCUUAUCGCCUUUUUCCGUGAAUGCUUUUGCUAAUGGUAUUGAUACAAUAG